ACGGCAUAACGGGGAGCCAGGGGAGCAGGGGAGCUUCAAACUAGCGUUGCUAGCGUUCGAACGAUGUGAAGUGUUCGAAGUCUUCAUCAAAGUUUCGUUACCUUGUGUUCUGUGUUCCACUCUCUGAUCAGCAUAGAUUUGACACCAUGGAAUUUGUUCUUCUCGGCAAAGCUGAGCACAGGUGACAGGAGCAUGGUAUGGUGCCAUGAUGUCACAUGUAAGGCAUGUAUUACUGCCAACCUCACAGGGAGAUUCUAUCAGUUCUUGCAGGAGCAGCCAUGGGGGUGCGGGGAAUGGAGUCCUUCCUCGAAUCUGUGGUUCCUGGGGGCUGCACACAAGUGAACAUUGUGGAGGAGGCUGGCAAGCACCGUGGCAAAUGCCCGCCUGGCACCCGGCCUACCAUUGUGGUUGACGGUCUGAGCCUGAUCAGCUGGAUUUACAGCCACACACGCGAUCACAUUUUUGGUGGGCCAUGGAGAGAUCUUGUUCAGAUUAUAAUGGGCAACUUUGUGGGAAUGUUUGAAGGCCACAACAUCGGCCUGGUAUUCUUUUUUGAUGGCUGUGUGAGCAGUACCAAAGUUGAAGAGUGGCGAAUUCGUCGUCAACAGCGACUUGUGGAAAUACAAAAGACAUUUGGCCGGCUCUAUGCAGGCCAGUGGACAGGCAACAUGAGAGAUGAUUACAGCUGUCCUUCAGGCACGGGCUAUACCCUGUGCUUUGCAGUCAAGCACCUCACAUCCUGCAAGGUGUUCCGUUCGGUCGAAGAGUGUGAUCUGGAAGUGGCAAGGUAUGCAGAACAGCAUGGCGAGUGCUUUGCCCUGCUCAGCCAAGACACAGACUUUGCAAUCUUUAACACUCGGGUACUCUACCUAUCAACGAAGCAUUUGGAUACCAAGACACUGACCACCUGCGCCUACCACGGAGAAACCUUGGCACAGCACUUGGGCCUUGAACGCAAGCUUCUGCCCCUGUUUGCCUGCUUGGCGGGCAAUGACAUUGUCAGCAGAUAUGAUCACCUGAGACACUUCCAUUCAUCUCUGGGCUGCAAAGGACGUCGAGCUGCUCACAGCUGCUUCCCAGAGGUGGCCAGUGUAAUCAGGGAGGAGAGGUGGACAGACCAGCCAGAUAACACGGUAGCUGCCAGGACUGGCGUGAGCCUGCGGCUACUGCAGGAGGCAGUUGCAAGCUACAGCCUACGCGUGGGGCCGAGCUACUUAGCUGUGCCACCCGACGUUGACCCGCAAAGCUGGCACCUGGUCGUGGAAAAGUACAGGCAAAGUCUCACCUUUCCUGGGCUCCUGCAGGUCCUCUACACCAGGGAGCUCUUUCUUCGAGAGUGCAUGGAAGAAAUCCUGGGCCCCAAUGUUCCACCUGGUUACAGCUGCUUUCGUUCAGUUCGACGUAAAGCCUACUGGGUCUUGUUUGGUGGGAAGUCUCAUGUGGUUGUUAUGGAGCAUGUUGCAUAUCCAGGGAAUAUUGGAGUCCUCAGUGAGCCAGUGGCCUGUACACCGAUUUCAUUAUCUGGCAAUGUGCCACCCUUAUGGCAGCUGUGGUCAGGGGAACCCUCGCUCCAAGAAGUUCGGUGGCAGCUGUUCUAUGGCAGCCUCGGGCUCCAUUUCACGUUGGAGGACCUGAGAGCACUGCCCGCCCGCUACAUUGUCCUCUGUGCAACCUUGCACCUUAUGUUCCUGGCAAAUGUGCUCACUAAUCAGGAGCUGUCUGCCUUGCUUCUUCAAGCAAUCCUGCUGAGUGAGGACAAGUGUGAGCGUCGCUCCUUUCCCAUACCAUACAGCGAGAUCAACCCCCGUUUGGUGAGCCUCUCCUGCUACUUCAUGGAGGGAGUGCAGUUUGUGGUGAUGUCACUGAGUGCAUGUGGGUCACCCUUCCCCCUGGCUGACACCAUGCCCUGGCUCUACUUUGAUGGCAAGCUGUUUCACUCCAUUCAUCGCCAACUCUACCCCACCUCCACGGCCUCCAGCAUUCUGGAACACAACCGACCACUUGUGGAGCUCUACGAAUACCUUUGGAAUGUUGUGACCACAAGGAACCGUUGGUAAGGUUGAACCUCGCCAUUGCCAAGUAAACUGUCCAGCAGCACCAUAUUGAUCCCAGAAAAAAUUAUUUCCAGGGGUGUUCACAUGUUUGGUGUUUAUAUUGUAUUGUAAUAAAUUUUUAACCAGCUUAUGCCA